AUGAAUAACCUCAGACUUAGCCACCUAGAGAGGAACCGUGAAAUCAUGGUGAUCAAACGACAGCUUCUGUUGCAAGAAGUUAACAACUUGCUCCUGCAGGCCGACAUCACCAGGAAAGAGACAGAACUGUAUCAGUUUCAGGAAGCCAAGAUUUUUGGCACAGCCAAAAAGUGGUACACAUCCGGUACCUCAGAGAGACAGAGGCAACAGGUGCGGAUGCAGACUUCCUCUUCUGCAGUAACAUCGACAUAUCUGAAAGCUGGCACACAGAAGGAGGCCAGACCCAGACAGCUUGAGACACCACUUAUCAACAUUCCAUACCAAACAGAGGAAGUGACACCAGCGCCACCUGCAAGUUCUUCAUCUGCAUCGCCUUUGACAGCUGAUAAAACAGAUGGCUCAUUGACUCACUUGCCUGCAGCUGUUGGCGUACAACUGCAUUUCGCUAAGGAGGGAAUGGGCGACGAGUUCACAGACCAGGUAGAGACUUUCGACGAUCACUCUGCUUGUAGAGGAGAAACCAGAGUCAGCAGUCUGGAAACUGGCUUGACCCAGCGGCCUGUCGUAGCUCCCAUCGCAGGCAGUGAGCACACAACUUUAUCGUCACCUCAGUUUUCAGAGUUUGCUAAUCAGGUUCUGUCGAAAAAGUGUCCCUCUGAGCUACCCUUUGUGAGUUCUAGUGAAAUACAGAAAGACUCUACCUUCUUUUUGGAAAACAGUUUAAAAUCAGUUAGUGAAACUGACUCAGCGAAUGGUGCAGUUGAUGAAACAUCGUUAGUGCAGUCAACACAACUAAACACACUAACAAAGAAUAACCUACCGAAGAAGGCAUUAACCCAGCCUGAAUUUACUACUGUCUGUGACUCGGUUCCACUACACAUUGAAAUUGCUGAACUGAGAAGGGUGAAGUGUGAAGUUGAAAAAGAGGUGUAUCCUCUUAAGCAGAAAAUGGCUGGGGUGUCUAGUCCGAUACGUUUAGCUGGGAAACACCAAGAUAAUAAUAGCUCGUCAUCUACUUCUGUUCCUGACGCUCCUGGCCAUGUAAGUUUGCAGAAACCUGAAUUAGAGAACUUACAGUCUCUUCAAAGUCAGCCACCACUGUCUGUGCCAGAAUGUCCUGAGAUUGCUCAGUGUACGCAACAGACUAACCUUGACUCUAAACAAGAAGAAAUUAAACGAGCUGACAGCAGAUCUCAACAAAGUGGCAACACUGAAUAUAAUUUAAAAUCAGGUAGUUAUACUAGCAAUAUUGUUUCUGAUCUCUCGCCAGCUUUAUUUGACAAGAGCGAAGUAAUGCUUGAACAGAGAGAGAACACAGAUGUUCAACAGACCAUCACAGCUUCUCCAAGGGACAGUCACGACUUCAUGAAAGGGAAACCGCCUUUACCCAUUCACGUCUCACCUGUCAAAUAUUCUUCACCUGCCUUCCCCGUCAAAGAAAGGGGACCCAGAUCCAAAAGUGUCGGUGACAUGGAUCGUUCAGCAUCAGGAUUCAUUACUUCCAAGCCGCUACAGGAAGUGGUGAGCAAGUUUGAAACACGAGCUAACGAAUGUAAUACUAAAGACCCUCAGUUUACUGUGAGGAAGGUACCAAGUCCGACACUACACCUGCCUCGAGUAGGGCUCGUUUCUCGAGUGUCCAGAAUAAAACCGUCAGCCGAGCUGUUGGCAGAGAGUCGACGUUACAUACUUGGUCACACAGCUCACGGGGCAGGUGUUUUAAAAAAGCCCAUUAGAUCCACAGUAGAUGACACUAUGGAAGGUGGCAGACAAGGUGGCAGACAGACACCUGGCUCCGCAAGUGACUGUACAUGGGAAGGAAGCAACCAGAAAUGCAGCUCCACAGUAGAUUACAAACCAAAGGAAAAUAAUCAGACGUCUCGCGUAACAAAUGAAACACUGGAAGCAGACACUCAGAAGCCCUGUUCUAAAAAAGGGCACGUGCUGGAAGGAGAUAGUGAGAAGUCUAGCUCUAUAAACUAUGAUAUGCAGAACGUAGACAUUCAGAAAUCUUACUUGGCAAGUGAUCACCUGCCAGUAGUUGACAAUCAGAAGCCCAACUAUAGAGAUCACACACAGGAAGGAGACACACAUAAUUUAAGAUCAAUGAUAGAUUACUCACUGGAAGGAGACAAUCAGGCAUCCGCGUCUAUAAAAGCUCACAUACUGGAAAGAGACAACACGAAGUUCAGCUGCGCAAAAGAUCAAACCCCAAAAGAAAAUAAUCCGACAUCCAGCUCCAAAAACGAUCACACACGAAAAGGGGAUGAUCAGAGGUUCAGCUCUAACGAAGAAAGCGUGCAAGGAGAAGACAGUCAAGAACCCAACUCCAAUAAUAGUCACAGGAUAAACAGAGACGAAAUUUUGGAUAAAGAAAGUAUGUCUUAUACAUAUACAAACAGAUUUUCUCAAGACACGUCUCUUGCAGAUACUUCAAGAUCUAGGGUCAACACUGAUUCACUGCACAAAAGAACCGAAGAAGAUUAUUCACAAACAAAAAAUGCCCAGCGCAGCUGCACACAUCUGCUGUCCCAGAGCUUGCCAAACUCUAGCUCCUCUGAUUUAAAUGAACAAGUCAAUGAAAAACAGAAAACACAAUUAAUACAUUUAUUUAACAAUGAUGUGGAAAGAGAGCAUCCUUUCAGAAACGUAAACGACUCCGAAAAAACCCAGCAGUGCAACAGUUUAUCAGCUCCAGAAGAUUUGACACAGAUAGCCAAGAAGAACGACGGCGUAGCACCGGCUGUGAACCCUGAGCUAAACAUAUCUUCCUCGCGAUCAUUAAUAGAAGAUGAUAGCAUUCACACACAGAUGUCCACCAGUCCUCAUCUGCUCCUAGGCAUAUCAGCUGAAACCACGGAUCAUGAACUGCCCUGUGAGGAUCACAGAAAUGGCGCAGGUACGGGCAGUGGUGCCUCAAAGGUAAAAACAAAACGAAAUAAAGAUUUACUGACACAAUCGGCAUCAGCUCCCGCAUCUCCAUGCCCCCAGCAUGCCGAGGUGAUAAUAAAAUCUAAAUGGAAAUCUGAAAGACUUUCUAAAGAUAAGAUCAGUCAGCAAUCUCCCUCGCCCGGCAAAUUUCGAACAAGUAGACGACAUAACCAAACAAUUGAGGCAUUGUGUAAACAGUCGAUAUCAGCAGCUAUAAGCCCUGCCUUGGAUGAAACACGUUUUCUCAUUUCACAAGUGUAUGUUGCAUCCAUAGAGUCCCCACAGUCAUCAUUUCAGUCAGACAUGCAAUCAGAACAAGAGAGCACUCAACAAGCAUCAGGUCACACGGGAGCAGAGGCCUCUUCUUCAUCUCCAGCAACGAAUAAGAAAAUAAAAUCCAGGAAGAUUUUGGACACGAAAUGGCUGCAGAAGUCGAAGCAGUUUUUUAAAGUUUCGAA